AUGAACGAUAUCAAUGCUACAGAUAAUCCCGAUUCUAAGGCCAUGAUUCUUCUUUUGGGCUUACGCAGAGGCGGGAAGUCUUCUAUCUGCAAGGUUCUGUUUCAUAAUAUGCAACCCUUGGAUACAUUAUAUUUAGAGUCAACGUCUAAUCCAACAGUGGAGCAUUUCUCUACUCUUAUUGAUCUCGCAGUGAUGGAACUUCCUGGUCAACUCAAUUAUUUCGAACCAACAUACGAUUCAGAACGACUGUUCAGAAGUGUUGGAGGCCUGGUAUACGUUAUCGACUCACAAGACGAAUACAUGAAUGCAAUCACAAAUCUGGCGAUGAUAAUAGAAUAUGCGUACAAAGUUAAUCCGUUAAUUAAUAUAGAAGUACUGAUACACAAAGUGGACGGCUUAAGUGAGGAUUUCAAAGUUGACGCACAGAGAGACAUCAUGCAGCGCACCGGAGAAGAACUGCUAGAACUUGGCUUGGACGGCGUGCAGGUUUCUUUUUAUCUCACCUCUAUUUUCGAUCACUCCAUAUAUGAAGCCUUUUCACGUAUUGUGCAAAAAUUAAUCCCCGAGUUAUCAUUUUUAGAGAACAUGUUAGAUAACUUGAUCCAACAUUCCCAAAUUGAAAAGGCAUUUCUGUUUGAUAUAAACUCCAAGAUAUACGUAUCAACUGAUUCAAAUCCAGUUGAUAUACAAAUGUAUGAAAUAUGCGCUGAGUUCGUAGACGUAACAAUAGAUCUAUUUGAUCUCUACAAAGAUACUCAAAGGAAUAGAAAGGAUAGUGAUGGAAAAGCAGUGCAAAUACGGCCAAGGGAACUGAAAAACGUCUCUCAUUUAGGUAAUGGAGUGAUUAUUUAUCUUAGACAAAUGAUUCGUGGCUUGGCGCUUGUAGCUGUGAUAAGACCCAACGGAGCUGAUACGGAGAGCUGCUUGACUGUCGCCGAUUAUAACGUUGACAUUUUUAAAAAAGGGUUAGAAGAUAUAUGGGCUAAUGCAAGAGUUACGUCCCGACAAGAAUCGCCCAUUGGCUCAAGUUGA